AUGAAGCUCAAAGAGAAGUCAUCGUCAAUUUCCAUGACUGGUAAAAGCCGACUUGUUAUUACCCAGACUCCAGACUUCAUAUCCGCCAUCUGCAAGUCUAAUACAACACCGCCUACGAUCUCAACUCAGAACGGCAGCUCUACUCGCGCCCGUGACUCCAGUUGGCCAGUCCAUGUGGCCGUGCGCUCCAUGGUUCUUGCGAUGUCCCGAAAAUCCCAGAGGCCGUUCGUCGGCAUCACGGCUGGAACGGCAUCGACGGGGAAGACAAACAGCCCCAUCAUACGUAUCGCUCUGAUAUCAGAUUCAUCGCCGACAGCCUCCAGGUCAGGCGGCUUGAGUCCGUGA